GUAACGAUUGGCUUGAAUAGCUCAAUCAAUAGCACGACGACAGUGAGCCGGUGCACCACCCGCAGUGAAAACAAAUGAAAAGCGCUAGCUAAUAUUCAGACAGUCUUAGGAGUAACCACAAUAACUCUCAUGGAUAUGAGAUCAUGUCGACGCAAACUGUGUUAUUGUGCUGACCGAUUGUUUACUAGUAGCAGACGCGGUCACCUGUUGUCGUGAAUCAAAAUUUAGGGAAUCCAGCAGUAAGCCUAACGAAUGGGAUUGAAUAUCUCGUAAAACGUUAUGUAUAUAUACGUUGUUGGACAUAUGAACUCAUAAAAAUAUUUUAUCAGUAUUAGCCGAUAAAUCACCGUCAUCAGUGUUUGUAAAUAAGAAAGAUGGCGACACACAGGUGUGAGUUGAUGUUGACGGGAUGGAAAGAACCCAAUGCUACUGCCGCUUUACUGCGCUUACUAGCUGUUGUACCGUCUACUGUGUAAGCCAAAGGGGUGCUACCGCAAAGCCGGGAGCGCCGACGAGGAGAAGUGAUUUGUGCGAUCCGGUGCUGGUGGGAUGUUGUGCCGCUUUUAAACGGUGGCGUGAAUAGCCAGUAGCCCGAUAGUGUAUUGGAAUAACGUGACGCAAUAUCAUCAAUAGAUGCAAUUGUAGUACUACAUGGUAGAGUCUGAAAAGUUGGAAUACAGUUUGAAGAAUAGUGUUCGACCGAUUCAGCCGAGCGCGGCGUGAAUGAAUGUGGCCGACCAAGGCCAAUCUUGACUAGAUUCGCACACACUCUGUAUAAAGGAGAUAAAGUUUGUGCCCAAUGUGACUGAAUUUGGUUUGGCAAAGUUCGUAAUUCAUAAAAUUGCACUCAUGACGUAAACUCGACAAAAAUUGAGAGGCCUGUGUGCUCGCUUUUAGCUGAGGUAAACCGUUCCUCCACUAUCUAUUAUCUAUCACAUUAAUAAUCAACUUCGGUCAUCUGGACUAACACUGCUGUUCGUAUUGUAGUCCCUGUCAAAACAGACAAUAAUUUAAAUUGUCUUGCUCAGAGACGGUUAUCGGUUGGCUAUGGAAAGUGAAAUUUACACCGGGGCACCCGUUCCUGAGCAUCCACGUUUUGUGCGUCACCGUCGAAAAACUUGGUCGGAACUUCGUCAGGUGGUGCGUGAUGUACGAUGUCGACUUUAUCACACAGCAUGCAGAAUCCCGGCGGCUGUCGUCUUCUGUAGGAAACAAAAUGGAGUUCGAAUCUACUUUCUGUGCUCGCUUGCUACCGGACGCGAGAUGACCUUGCAUUACGUUGAUGUCAACGACAAAGGCGAGCUGUCGAAGUGUCAGAUGCUGUUCGAAAGCAAAUUUCAUUCUACGCAGUCGUGUUCGUAUGCGCGAUCAUCAAAGGAAGAGCAACUGCAAUUGGAACGGAAACGUGUCAUGAUGUGCGGAAUCGCAGCUUUUGACUAUGUUGCUCCAGGCAAUUUCGCAUUUAGCUCUUCUGGUUCGGUGUUUCGGUGCCACGAUGAGUUCCCCCUAGGAUGCGCAGAUCAGGGUGUAUUUCCUGAAGAAGUACGAAUCACUGAACAAAAUCGACGAACCCGAUUAGAUCCACAAAUGUGCCCUUUUGAUCCUAACAUCACUGCUUAUAUUUCACAUAAUGACAUAUGGGUUUAUAAUUGGGCGAGCGGGCAUGAACUCCGUCUGACCACUGUUCACGAAUCGGAUGCAACGCUUAGCGCAGGCAUUCCCUGUUAUGUAACACAAGAGGAGUUCAACAGAUUUUCUGGGUUCUGGUGGGCUCCCCGUUCCACAGCGGAUAGUGUCGAUAUGAGGAGUACAAGUCCUCCACGGACAAGAUCACCCGUAGGAUCGAGGGAGGAAAACCAACCCAUUCGGUACUCAAUUCUUUAUGAAGUCGUCGACGAGUCAGAUGUCGAAGUCGUCGAACUCCCCAACGCUACUGGUGGGGUUGAGGAGUAUCACUUCCCGCGGGCGGGAACACCCAAUGCCAAAUCAAGUUUACGUCUUGUAUCAUUCUCAGUCGCUUCGAACGGCACAUUUGUAGAUAUUUCCUAUGCCCAGAUAUCGAAUCCAUUUAUUGACGCAGCCGAGUACGUUCUUAGAGCAGGGUGGACACCGGAUGCACGCCACAUUUGGGCUCAACUUUUAAAUCGACAACAGGAUACACUGCAGCUAUUGCUUGUGCGAGUACAGCGGAAAUCCUACGAUAAACUGGCAUCUUCUGGUGCAUCUUACGGAGCUUCUGCUAUGGAGACAGAGCCAAAAAUGAAUUUGUUACCAUCCGAAAUCAAUGACGAUGGUUUAAUAACCCAUGCGGUUCUCUUACUCGAGGAGAAAAGUUCUGUUUGGAUAAAUGUGCAUGAUGUUUUGGGUUUUUUGUCAAACGAAUCAUUACCGCCACAAACGGUCACGAUGUCGGGAGUAACUGUAUCGUCUUCGCCAACUAGUGAAGGCAGCAGAGAUGUGCCAUUGUGCGACGGAGGAGACACCAUAAUGGAGAACGGGCUAGGUGCCGAACACUACUGGGAUUCAACAGCAAACGUGGCACCGUUGGCUCAAGAUCCUUGCCAGGAUCAAGGCGACCGCUAUCAACAAUUGCAGCAGAAGCAGCACCAGCGAGCCAAUCAGAUUCGCACAUCAUCUUCCCCGCAAAUACUUGAAUUCGUGUGGGCUAGCGAAGCAACGGGAUUUCGGCACCUGUAUCUAUAUCGUAUUGACCUUGAAACAGGGAUGUGCAUUGAGCGAAGACCAUUGACUGGAGGAGAUUGGGAAGUUAGUGAUAAAUACGUCUGGAUAGAUAAUCAGCGAAGACUUGUCUAUUUUAUCGGACUUAAGGAUUCACCUUUGGAAAAACAACUAUACGUGGUCAGUCUUGACGAAACACUAGGAGAAAUACAAUGCUUAACUUCGCUCGGAGCAUCCUACCAAGCAUUUGUAAAUCCUGAAUGCUCAUUGGUCGUGACAAUUGAAAGCCAUUUAGCCCAGCCACCUUUUGCUAGACUGUAUCGACUUGUUACGAACGACAGCGAUGUCGGGGUUCGUUGCGCUGGAGGGGACACUGACACAGUAAUUCUCAAGCAGCAAGAGGCAACCAGCAUUCGAAGGCCAGGAGGACUGCGAGAAUAUAUGCCUCAGUUGCAGUUAAUAGGUAACCUAAUGGAACCAGCAAGUGUAGACGAAAGAUAUCGUGUUCCAGAGCUUUUUCAGCACCAGCUCAGUUCGGGAGAUACGGUGUUCGGAGUUAUUUUUAAGCCACGUAGCCUCGAUGAAAGUCGGCCCUAUAAAUUUCCGACAGUGUUAACGAUUUACGGCGGCCCGGAGGUUCAACUAGUCACAAAUAGUUUUAAGGGUAUGCGACAUUUACGGCAGCAUCUUCUUUCGUCAGAGGAUUUCUGCGUGGUAACUAUGGAUUGCCGGGGUUCUCGGAAUCGUGGUGUGGCUUUCGAAAGUCACUUGAAGGGUCGCAUGGGACAAGUGGAAAUACAGGAUCAGGUAGAAGUAUUGCAAUGGCUGGCUGAGGAUCGGGGAUACAUGGACAUGAGUCGUGUGGCCAUUCAUGGUUGGAGUUAUGGAGGAUAUCUAAGUCUUAUGGCGUUAGCGCAAAGGCCCGACAUUUUCAAAUUAGCCGUCGCAGGUGCACCUGUUACGCAAUGGAAUUUGUACGAUACUGGUUACACGGAGCGUUACAUGGGUCUACCAGAAGCAAACCGGGAAGGCUAUCAUCGAGGUAGCGUCCUAAGUCAUGUGAGUCAAUUCCCUGAUGAGGAGGGUCGACUGCUGCUCAUUCACGGACUGAUGGAUGAGAAUGUCCACUUCACACAUACCACUUCACUUGUUCAGGCGCUUGUGAAAGCCGGAAAGCCGUAUCGACUACAGGUGUAUCCGCAGGAGCGACACUCGCUGCGCCAUCUUGCCACCUCGGAGCAUUAUGAGACAACGCUUCUAUCGUUUUUGCAAGAUAACCUCUGAAAGCUGCGCGCUCAAAGCUGUCUGGAACUGGACAUGAAUGAUUUCCCACCCACCGCGGCAACUCUCAAUGCUGCGCCUGAGUGUUUAUAGGACGAACGUGGAAACAGAGCCUUUCUUCUAUAUAUACAUAAUACUUCUUUUCAUUGUGCCUGAAACCAUUAGGGAAGCUUUCAUAUUUGUGGGCUUAGACUGGAAAAUAGUACGGUUAAAUGAGGCCGGUGAGAGCGUUUUCAGUUUGUGUAGACAUAGGGAGGGGAUGCUGAGAUGAAGAUAUCUGAAUUUGACAGCAGCGUAUGCUGGGCAAUAAGAGCCUGAGCCGGAUGGCGGCUAUUGUGGAUGCCGUUACUCGUAUAUCUAAUGGUACGCCGCUUGUCGCGAGAUCUUUUCCUAAUUAAAUUGUCUAUAUUCUAUAACAAUACCAAAACUCGGUACGGUGGCGCUCAGGGUUUAAUUAUUAAUAUUAUCGUUGUUGUUCUCAUCGAAAGUGUAGAUAAUAAAGAAACAUAGCUUUUUGAAUGACAGUUUAAAUAACCUUAUGAUAAUUACUAAAGGAAUAUAAUAAAUUGAGCCAAAACUAUUUGACAAUCUUAUUACUUGAAGAUCUAGACUGACUAGAUUUAUAGCUCGAUAAAUAGAAAAAAAAGGAUGUUCAAACCUCCAGCGUACAAAUAAAUC